AAAAAAAAAAAAAAAAAAAGUACUAUUGUAUUGUUAAGAAUAUCUAUCAUGUCUUCGACGGAAGUUUCGGGCUCUCGGGUGACGGAGAAGGCGGCGGCUCCGCUGCUAGCGCCGCCACGUAACGGCGGCUCCGCCGUGGGAGAUUUGAUAUUGAGGUUUUUGCUGUUUGCUUCAUGCGUUGUGGCUGUUUUGGUUAUGGUUACUGGCAAUCAAUCGCAACUUAUCCCCAUCACUUUUCCUCCUUUCUUGGUGUCGCGAGAUGCAAAAUUCAAUCACUCACCAGCUUUUAUAUACUUUGUGGCAGCAUUCUCAGUUGUCGGUAUAUAUGCAGCCAUAACCGCCAUUCUGUCCUUUUUCGCCCUUCUCAAGCCUGGCUUUUAUAUUAAAGCAGUAUCUCAUUUUGUCAUCUUUGAUGUGCUAUUAUUGGGAAUAGUGGCAUCGGCAACAGGAGCAGCAGGUGCAGUUGGGUACGUCGGAUUGAAGGGAAACUCUAACGUUCAAUGGCGAAAAAUUUGUGACUUAUACGAUGGCUUUUGUAAGCACAUUGGCGCCUCUUUAGCCGUUUCAUUGUUCGGUUCUGUCGUGCUCACUUUGCUCAUUAUAAUCUCGGUUCGAGCCCUGUCCAAGAGGAUUCCCAAAUAAACCCACAGCCUAUAAUAAAUAAUUAUGUGCUUUUUCUUAAGGAUUUAUUUUGGUUAUCAGUUGAUAAAACUGUUUCAGUUUGCGUUGUAUAUUAAUUUUACUAUAAUAAAUAAUUAUGUGC